AGUCAUUCGUUCUGCAGGAGCUGCCAACGAUGGAUGCCAAAAAGAAAAUCACAGCAUCUCUUAUCUAUGCAGUUUCUAUUGCUGCUAUUGGAUCUCUGCAGUUUGGUUACAACACUGGUGUCAUCAAUGCUCCUGAGAAGAUCAUUCAGCGGUUCUUCAACAGAACCCUGUCAGAGCGGAGUGGGGAGAUUGUUUCCUCAGAGCUACUUACCUCUUUGUGGUCCCUUUCUGUGGCUAUCUUCUCAGUAGGAGGUAUGAUCGGUUCCUUCUCAGUCAGCCUGUUUGUCAACAGAUUUGGCAGGAGGAACUCCAUGCUACUGGUGAACAUCUUGGCCUUUGCUGGUGGCACUCUCAUGGCUUUCUCUAAGAUGGCAAAGGCAGUGGAGAUGCUGAUCAUUGGCCGUUUCAUUAUUGGCCUCUUCUGUGGUCUUAGCACUGGCUUUGUGCCCAUGUAUAUCAGUGAGGUCUCUCCCACCAGCCUCCGCGGAGCCUUUGGCACCCUCAACCAGCUGGGUAUUGUUGUGGGCAUCCUGGUGGCCCAGAUCUUUGGCUUGGAGGCAAUCAUGGGAACUGAAACACUUUGGCCACUCCUUUUGGGGUUCACAGUCAUCCCAGCAAUCCUGCAGUGUGUGGCUCUUCUUUUCUGCCCCGAGAGUCCCCGUUUCCUAUUGAUCAACAAGAUGGAGGAAGAGAAAGCACAAGCAGUUCUCCAGAAGCUCCGUGGUACACAAGAUGUGUCUCAAGACAUCCUGGAGAUGAAAGAAGAGAGUGCUAAAAUGUCCCAGGAAAAGAAAGCAACAGUGCCAGAACUCUUCCGUUCUCCAAACUACCGUCAAGCCAUUAUCAUUGCCAUCAUGCUGCAGCUCUCUCAACAGCUCUCGGGCAUCAAUGCUGUGUUCUACUACUCUACAGGGAUUUUUGAAAGAGCUGGUAUCACUCAGCCUGUGUAUGCCACUAUUGGAGCUGGUGUGGUGAACACUGUCUUCACUGUUGUGUCGCUGUUCCUGGUGGAGCGUGCAGGACGCAGGACCCUCCAUUUAGUUGGCUUGGGUGGCAUGGCUGUGUGUGCUGUUCUUAUGACCAUUGCUUUAGCUCUGAAGGACAUUGUGGAGUGGAUCAGAUAUAUCAGUAUUGUUGCCACUUUUGGCUUUGUGGCUCUCUUUGAGAUUGGCCCUGGCCCUAUCCCAUGGUUCAUUGUGGCAGAACUCUUCAGCCAGGGCCCACGGCCUGCCGCCAUGGCAGUGGCUGGUUGUUCCAACUGGACCUCCAAUUUCUUGGUGGGAAUGCUCUUCCCCUAUGCAGAGAAACUGUGUGGGUCCUAUGUCUUCCUCAUCUUCCUUGUUUUCCUGGUCAUUUUCUUUGUCUUCACAUUCUUCAAAGUACCAGAGACCAAGGGCAGGACUUUUGAAGACAUCUCCAGGGGCUUUGAGGGUCAAGCAGAGGCCAGCCCUACAUCACCUGUAGAGAAGAACCCUAUGGUGGAGCUGAACAGCAUACAACCUGAUAAAGAAGUUGCCUAAGAUCCACAA